AUGGGAGGCGAUGACGAGGAGGAGCAGAUCGAUCUUGAGGACCAGCAGAGGAGGACAGCGAAGCUGAAGGGCAUUUUGCCAACGUUAGCCCAGCUAUGGUGGUCUAAUUCGGAGCAGAUCGAUCCAGCCACAGAGAAGCUGGCGGAUGGAAGUCGAGAUCCAAAAUGGCGAAUACCUCUGGGAGAUUCUGGGAUUCUCAAUUUCUUUCUUGAGCUAUUGAGUGCACAUGAACUGAGGAGUACAUUGAAAAUCUAUGUUCUACGAUUAAUUGGCAACUCAUGUGCAGAUACCGACGAGAAUCGGGCGCGUGUAGUUUCUUCAAACUACUUGCCGACAAUCAUAUUGCAAUUGAACGAUUCUUCAGCACUCCCUUUCGCAAUACCUGUUUUGUACAACAUCUGUAUAGACUAUGAACCUGCUCAGGAGCAAGCAUCGAAAUCAUUUUUGACUAGGGAGCUUAUUGGGCUAGUCACGGGCCCAAGAAGGUUGGAGGCCAAACCCUUCGUUGGGUAUAUAUGUAAAAUUUUAGAACUUCUCAGCACUCAAGCUUCUGAGGCUGAGCUCGCCCCUGCGAAUACCGCCACUAUUCUUUUGAAAGUAGCUGCAUAUUCUAGAACCAACGCACCAGAUGUAGACGAGUUUGUUAGUAUCGUCAACACUGCUGUAGCGUAUCUACAACAUGAGAAAUUCCAACAAGAUCUGAUUUCAGGGAGUGCGCUCGACUCCGCUCUUACGGUCUUGGUCAAUUCCUAUACACGGUUUGACUCCCAUCCUACAACCGAGACAACUGAGGGUCCUGCACCAGAUGAGGAUGACGCAAAGCUGCUCCAACAAAUGCGCAGCAGUCUCAACCAAGUUCUAUCAGAUGUUUCGGCAUUGCCAGAAUUUAAGGAGGCAGUUCCUGUCGUCUCGCCAUUCAGCAGCUCCCUCCGACGCUGGCUGUCAAGUCCUCAGCUGCAGUUACAAGUAUGUGCAUGCAUUAUGCUCGGGAACCUAGCCCGCUCAGAUAGUGCUUGCGAAGAAUUUGUCCACACUUGCGCAGUCCACAAGCCUCUUAUAAAAGUCAUCACAGACGCAAACGACUCCCAACUCCUCCAUGCCGCUCUUGGCUUCCUCAAGAACCUCGCACUCCCAAUCAAAAACAAAGCAGCCUUGGGCGAUGCCGGCAUAUUUGAUGUCCUGCCCCGCCUCUGGCUACUCGACACCUUACCACAAAUCCAAUUCUCCUCGAUCUCGCUCGCUCGCCAACUGGUGAACGGCACUUUUGACAACGUCCGACGGGUCUGUCUUCGUCUAUCCGAGGACCCCGAUUCCCCCGCCUACAUGCGUUCUAAUCUCUCCCUCCUAAUAGCGCUCUUCGAUCGCACCGACGUCGAGCCCAUCAAAAUGGAAAUCGCACGACUCAUCACCGCUGUGUGUCGCGUCUACAACACGUUCAAGGGGCGCGACGAGGCGGAGAUGGAGCGCAUGCGCAAGAAAUUCUUCGCCAUGCACCCCGACGCCGGUCGACCGCUGGGCUUCAUGGUCUCCCAAGACAAAUGGCCCGUAGUACGCAGCGAGGGAUGGUUUACCUUCGCGCUCAUGGCGAGAUAUCCGGAGGGCGCUCAAUGCAUCAGUGAUCUGAUGCAUGACGUGGCCGUCUUCCAGCCUCUGGUCCAUCUCCUCACCGGCAAGAACCUCAUAGACUAUAAACCGGCCGCACCAUCACCCGACGAGACCUCUCCCGCGGAAUCAUCUCCUGCAUUAGGGACGCCGGCUGGGGUGCCGCUGGAAGGGCAAUCACCCGAGAGCGUGAAGCCAGGCGCGCAAGCAGCGGAGAUGGCGCGAAUUGAUCGCGAGAAUGCCUUGGUGCUGGUGAGUGAGCUGCUGAAGAACCGGGGGAGCGAAAUGGCGAUAAUGCGGCGGGCGCUCUUUGAGGAUCUGUUGAAGGGAGGCAGCGCGGCGGUUAUGUCGUACAAGGAAGCGAAGCUGGGUGAGAAUCCGCCCCCGAGACCCAAGGAUGGGAAAGGAAGCCAUGAUGUACCAGAGGUGGCGGAGCAAUCUGUCUAUGAACUCUCCUAG